UCGAAAAUGUGCACUUCCGGGUCAGCCAACGCGCUAGAUAAGCGGUGACGUCAUAUCUCGAGGUGUGCAAAAAAUAAAUGAACUCAUUGAUGGCGCACUGCUGAUGUUCAAGGCGGGUACCGGAUUCAGCUUUUACAAGUCCUAGAGCAGUCGGCCGUUGUCGAGUGGGAAAGCUAGCGACUAGAUAUCACCGGGGAUAUAGGUUUUCCCCUGCUUCCCUUGUCUGUCCGUCUGCGUCUUUCUACUCUCUUCAUUCCCAGAAGGAGGUCAGCGGCGAGGGGUAAGCCAUGCCAUUAUUCGGGAAGUCGGCCAAGACUCCCCAGGAGCUGGUCAAGAUUGCCAAGGAUGCCUUGGAUAUCUUCGAUAAAUGCCAGGAGGGGAAGAAAGCAGAAAAGGCACUGGAGGAUGUGUCCAAGAGUCUGGUGGGAAUGAAGAACAUCCUGUACGGUGUGGGAGACCAGGAGCCUCAGUCAGAUCUGAUCAACCAGCUGGGCCAUGCCAUAUGCCACACUGGUCUGCUACUACUUCUGGUUAAGUACCUGAGACAUCUGGACUUUGAGGCCAAGAAGGACGUGGCUCAAAUCUACAACAACGUGCUGCGGAGACAAAUUGGCAAUCGCAUGCCGGCGGUGGAUUACAUCUGCUCCUAUAAAGAAAUCCUCUUCAUUCUCUGCAAAGGGUACGAAAACCAACAGAUUGCCUUGAAUUGCGGCAUCAUGCUACGGGACAGCAUCCGAUUUUACGAGCUGGCCAGUAUCAUUCUGAAGAGCGAGGAUUUCUUUAAUUUCUUCAACUACGUGGAGAUGUCAACGUUCGACAUUGCCUCUGAUGCCUUUGCCACGUUCAAGGAGCUGCUAACUAGACACAAAGUCCUGUGUGCAGAGUUUCUGGAGGGGGAAUACGACAGAGUAUUCACAGAGUACCAGAAGCUGCUCAACUCAGAAAACUACGUCACAAAGCGACAGUCCUUAAAGCUUCUCGGUGAGCUCCUACUUGACAGACACAACUUCACCAUCAUGACCAAGUACAUCAGCAACACAGACAACCUCAAACUCAUGAUGAACAUGCUGCGAGACAGUAGUCGGAAUAUACAAUUUGAGGCCUUUCACGUUUUCAAGGUUUUUGUAGCCAACCCCAACAAGACCCCAGCCAUCCUCAACAUCCUCAACAAGAACAAGGCCAAGCUGGUCGAGUUCCUGACGGCAUUCCACACAGACAGGACAGAGGACGAACAGUUCAACGAUGAGAAAGCCUACCUCAUCAAGCAGAUCAAGGAACUCCAGCCCUCUGAGCCCUCGUAAUAGGGCUUGCUCUAGCCUUCUUAAUCCAAACGGUGAUGUAGUUGAGACCUUUUUCCGAGACCUCAUGAGACUCGGUGCUCGGACAAUACUUGUGACCGCUUUCAAGAUCCCCGGUGGAAGGGACGCACUGCAUGCGCUAAUGGUUUGGGCAUGUAUGACACGAAGUACGCACAGCUAAUUUUAUUCUUAUCGGUUACGUCUUUGCAUUAGCGCCAGGUGCCAUGCAUUCAAAAGUUCCUCCCAGUGGUCCCUCACAAAACUCUCCCUUGGUAAUUGUCGAGGGAGUACUUGCACACUGAGUCCACAUGCACAAGUCCAAUUGUUAAAAACCCCCAAAAAGCCACCGAAGGUCUCGGAAAAGAACUCGACUACAUCACUGAUUCCAAGGGAUAGGGAACGUAUGAGAAGGCGUGGCUUAAGGUGGGUUGGGAGGGGGUUGGCAUCUACACGUAGCAGAGAUUGUGAAGCAUUGAUUGAUAUAGCACAUUAAUAAAAAAAAAACCAAUGAAAAGGCAUUUUGGCUAGGAACCGUCCUAACUUGUCCAAUUUUCUCUGCAUGAUUCGAAUGGCACAUUCUUUGUACUCAGAAGGAGCAUCGAGCCCAAUAUUAAGAAAUAGCAGCCCGGGCUGUACUUUCCUCAAUCUUGCAAAAUCCUUAAUAACAGUAAUGUGUAUUUAUAAUGCACACGUAUCCACCAGUAUCGGUGUUCAAGGCGCUAUGUCGUUAUUACCCUGCUCAUUGGGCCACUAAAUCAUUCCAAAGGCAAUCGCACCUCCCUGGGGAGUAUACAAGUCCAUGCUGCCAUUGCGGCACAAAGCAGCUAAAAUCAAUCACAGUAACCAUCUCUGCCCUCACAGGUACCCAUUUGCUCCUGGGUGGGGAGAAGCAAUGAGUGACAAAUGCACAAAAUCCUUCAAACCUUAUAAUUGGGUUAAGCGUAAUUUGUGUGCUCAUGCCACAAAAUAUGUCUCGUUCAAAUGACGUCAUUUCCUACAGACCAUCCACGUGCAUCGGCAUUUUGAGAGUCAACUUGCAUAACGCGCAUCGGCUGCGUCGUAUUUCGAACACAUUUCAAGCAACAAGCGUGUUUGGAACAUUUUCAACUCUAAAAUUUCAAUUACAUAAAAUACGCAGUUGCAGUUCUUCUACAGAGAUGGCUGUCUUUGAGAGAGACCUAUUCAAAGUAUGAAACCACUAUUAUGCCCAUUACCCUAUGCUUUGCAUGUGUGAUGUGUGCUUCAUUUCAAGAGACACAACUCCAAACUAGACACGUACUGGAUUGAUGCUUGUCGCCACAGAUCUCUGCUAUGGUACGAUACCGUGCAUUUUAGAUAGUAUAUAGCUGUAGCUUAGCAUUAACUGUAGAUAACUAGCGUAGGAACAGUUGAUGAUGUCGUUUUUUCUUCCUUGACAACCAAGAUGUAAGAUUUAAUGUCUUCAAAUAAAAAGGAGCACAUUUCUGUGAGCUUGUAAAUAGGCAAGGACCAGUGGUUUGUUAAAAUGAUGUAACGUCCGUAACGCCCGUCAGGUUGCUUUACUUCUUUUAAUUGUACGAGUCGUCACAAAGAGGCACAACUGAAUCCAGAGAGUGUUUCUUUGUCAAAUCCCAGCACUGACACCAUUUAUGUUUUCCCAUCAUUCCAAACAGUUGUGUAGUUGAAUCUAUCACGAGUCAUUACGUGUCCUCACAAGUCCUCACAAGUCCUCAUAAGUCCUCACAAGUUCAUCACAAGUUCUCGAAAGUCCAUCUUGAGUCGUCCAGUUCCGGGUCAAGUCACGACCUACUCAAAAAACAAAAAGGCAUUCUUUUGUGUAUGUGCGUAGUUUUUUGUUUUCAAAUAUUCAACCCGGCAAAAAGCUAUUUGAAUAGUCGGUUGAUGAUCGAAUACUCGGGACAGCUCUACUUGUGAUUUGCUUGUGAGUGGACUUGUGUUAACACUGUUAACAUUGUUAACAACUUAACAACUAUACUGUUAACAAAGUAACUGUUAACAUUGUUAACAACUUAACAACUUUACUGUUAACAACGUAACUGUUAACAUUGUUAACUGUUUAACAACUUUACUGUUAACAACUUAACUGUUAACAUUGUUAACUGCUUAACAACUUCACUGUUCACAACUUUACUGUUAACAUUGUUAUUUUGUUAACAAUGUUAACAACUGUUAAUGUUGCUAAGUUUAACAAUUGCUCACAUUGAAUGAACACAAGGACAACCAAAAAGCAAAUAACAAUAACAACACCAAUACUAAUAAGAAGGAUGGGUCUCGUUUUUAUUUAUAGUCAUGUAAGCGUAGUGUUGGCAUUUUCACGGUUUAUGAGAAAGGACGUAUGUUCUUUUUGUAAAUAUUUUGGGGGACUUUUUAAUGAUUCAAAUCUGUUUUGAUCCGUGUCAAAGAAAACAAAUGCUGUUUGUAUUAAAUCAGAUAUGUUUGAUACCACCUUUACAGGGUUUCCAAAAGAGAAAAAAAGAAAAGAAAAUGAAAUUAAUUGUGACUACGGUGAAGAUGCCAAAUGUUUCAUUCUGGAUUUGUUUUUCUUUUUUUGUCGACGGUCUCCUAGCCAAUGAAAUAUUUUUGUUGUUGAACUAAAGGCGUACGGCCUGGGUGACCUGUUAAAUUCAUUUAGUAUAUUUUUUAGUUUCAUAGAUUCUAUUCCAUAACAUAUUGUAUCCACAGUUAUUUUUACCUCGUGUUUUGUUGUUGCUGGUUGCGCGAUGUAAAUAUUAAUAUCAACAUUACAUUGAAUGUGCCAAGUUGUAUUGGGUUUGACUAUUAUUUUGAACAGUUCAGCUAACUCAAAAAGAAAACCCAGGAAAUUUGAAGGAGAAAGUAUUGAUCUGCAAAUUUUAGCAAAAAAUACGAUCCAAAUUAGCCUCAAGCAAGUUACGUAACUUGUAGUUGGUUUGGCUUGGUACUUGUGUUAGGAAAAUUAAUACACCACAAAGUCAGUUCCUUUUAUUGUUUAUUUGGAAAUUUGUAAUAAAAGCUGUAUCCUCUCUGAGUGAUCCCGUUUGCCAUUUCCCAGGUUUGCAGCAUUGCUAAUGUUGCUAGCAUCGUGACUUUGGGCGUGAUCCCUGGCUACAUGGCAUAUAUGGGUUAAUGGCUUCUGACUAGCGCCCCUUGAACAAAGACAUUGAUGAAAUGGGGAACCGCCAACAUAGGGCUGGAUAGCUCAGUUGGUAGAGCACUGGAACGGCAAUCUGGAGGUCAUAGGUUCAAACCUGUCAAUUUCUUUGUUUAACUUUCAAACUAAAACUUGUUAGGGAAACUGCGAAGUUGUACCAUUUCACACUAGCAAAGUUUUACAUUUCACAGAACAAUCAUAGAGUUACUUGUUUAAAUUACAACAAGAAAAUUACAAUGUAUUGACAGUUAUUUGUUUGUAACGAUUAUAAUGUUUGAUUAAUUUUUCAGAUUCAUUUCAAUGCAAUAUAUUACUGUAUGAUAAGAUACUCAGAAAACUUGUAUGAACUUAAUUUGAGAAUACAGAUUGAAGAUGGAAAUUAAUGUAUUUUGGUUUUUAGGGGAAAGAAAUAGUAGAUACAACACUAUGUCCCAACUUGGGAAAGUUUGCCUGCGCGCACUAAUCAGAGAACAGAUUGUCUCCAGAUGAAGAUGCUUGUUUGUUAUCUCUGAGGAUAAUGUUUGUAAAAAAAACCCUGAUUUUCAAGUGAAAUUAUAAAAAUAGAUUAAUUUCCUUUACACUUAAUGUUGUUCCUAUUUGUUACUGACAGAAAUGAUUGACACUUCAAAGGAAACUGAAUGUUUUUUUCUAAAAAACAUUGGAAAGUCAAAAGAGUUUUUUUUCAAAAUCUAUGUUUGCAUGGUCUAUCCAUUCAGUUCAUGAGUUGAAACAGUCAUCGCAAUGUGUUUGGUUAAUAAUUUGUUGUUUUUUGGACUGCUCUUAACGAUAUUGUGUUGUGGAUUGUUUCAAAAAUUGUUUUAAAUGUCCAGGAUUUUAUUUUUUUGGCAGAGGCCUUGGUAAAAUGUGAACCCACAACUUACAGCUUUUUAGCGCAGUUGCCUCAACCAUAAACCCAUUUGGGUUGUAUGGGCAGGAUGGGUGGUUCAAUUCACCUAUCAAUAAAGACAGUCCUCGAAUCACACCAUAACACAUUUUUUUUUUACAAAUAUCAAUUCGUAAUUUAGGUCUUUCUAAUUGUGUACAUAGCUCUUGAAAAAAUGUCAUUGUUCCCAUAUAAAUUAUGUAUAUUUUAUUUUUGUUUUUUGAACGUUGUAUUUACUUAUUUGUUUAACAGGUUUAUUGAGAAAAUGUAGCCACAAAGUUUUUUUAAAUGAUGAAUGAAUACGUAAUGAAGUCAACGACCAUAUUAACAAAUUCAAAGUUUCUCAAAUUAAAAGUUUGUUUUUUUCGUUUCACCCUGUAACAAAAAAAUAUAUGAUUGAUUAAAUAUACAUGAAACUUU